AUUGUUAAAAGCAGUUAAAACUGGCCAUGAUUAGUCUGGAGGGGACGACUUAAUGCCCAAGUAGGACCCGCCUCUCGGCCUGGCUUGGUUACCUAGCAACAGUUAGUGUUGUACUCCAGAACCGUUGGAUAACGUAAGCGAGUUGACGCAUAGCGCUUACGUCCUCUACGAUAAACCAGCUUUAGCAGUCAAAUGCAGUAUAAACUUAAACGAUGAUGACCGACACCUCCCUGCAUGUCGAGAGAACCCUUGCGCUCAUAAAACCAGACGUGGUUCACCUGGCGGAGGAGAUCGAGGACGUUAUCCUUAGAUCUGGCUUCACUAUUCUACAGAGGCGGAAGCUGCAGCUGAGCCCCGAGCAGUGCAGCGAUUUCUACGCGGAGCACUACGGGAAACUGUCUUUCCCCAGCUUGACGGUGUUCAUGAGCUCUGGACCAAUCAUCGCCCUGGCGCUGGCCCGCGAGAACGCUAUCGCCCAUUGGAAAGCCCUGAUUGGACCAGCCCAAAGAGCCAGAGCGUCAGAACCCGAAGGCCUGAGAGCCAAGUACGGCACGUCUGACCUGAGGAAUGCCCUCCAUGGCAGUGAGUCGAUGACUGCCGCUCAGAAAGAAAUCAAGUUCAUGUUCCCAGACUCGCUGUGUGAGCCGGUGCCCAUGGCCGAGGCCGCAGGAGACUACUUGUCCAAACACGUGAACCCCACUCUGAUCAUUGGACUGACUGAGCUCUGCAAACAGAAGCCCCUCGACCCUUGUGUCAAAGAUAUCAGAGUAGUCCAACCAUGUCGGACACUGAGAAACAUUUCAUGGAGACGUCAGAGAACGGUCACGAAGGGGAGCAGGAGGAGGACUAUAACGGCGGGGCCGCGCACACCGAGGAGGGGAACGGAGGCGAAGCGGUGGAAGAGUGCGAGGAGUGCGCCGGGCCCGAAGCCCGCGGCGCGGAGGAAGCGACGGACGGCGACUCUCAGAACGGAGCGUCGGAGGGCGGAAAAUUUUUGUUGGACGUCUCGGAUGGGACACUCGUAAUAAGGAUCUCAAAGAUUACUUCUCUAAAUUUGGCGAGGUGACUGACUGCACCAUUAUGACUGACAAGGAGACAGGGCGAUCAAGAGGCUUUGGCUUCAUCCUCUUCAAAGAAGCAGCCAGUGUAGAAAAGGUCUUAGAUCAGAAGGACCACCUGCUACAUGGCCGACAAAUUUACCCCAAGAAGGCAAUCGCGAAGCCGAAGAGGAGGAUUGUCCUUCGUGUUGAGGAGAUUUUGCGCAUUUUGAACCUACCAUAAAUAAAGCCUUGACAUUAUUACCCAUCGAUA